AUGGCAAACACGAGGACAACGGGCGCCACAUCUGCGGCGAUGGGCAGCGGAUCCGAUACACCGAUGAUUGACCCGGACUUGGAGUACGCGAUGGACUGCGAGAUCAACGCAACGGUGAUCUCCCGAACGGACGCUUUGCGGUCGCAAUUGAUUCAAUUGACGGCCACUCGCGGCCGAUGGGCGCGCACUCAAGAGGAAUACAAUGAGACACGGCUUCGGCUGAUGAAUGAGUUGAACGCAGAGAUGGAUCGGACGGACGGCAAGAAUACAUACAUCAGUCAAGCGAUGCUUUUCAAUCACUCGAGUCAACGCUCCGGUCGGCCGGCGAUCGCCGCAUACGAGUCCAGUCUCUAUAAGCUGUCCGCACAAGAGUUGCGCCACAGGUUUCGCCAUAAACUCCGAGCGAAUCCAAGCGGUGACACCACUGAUGACGGAGUGGUUGAAGUAGUGUUCAAAAAGCCGCCACCGGAUGACAGCUGUGCCGAUACGAGCGCUGGCGGUAAACGCCGUGACAAUAGCGCGGCGGCCAUCGCCCCGAAGACUCACCCGAAGACUCACUCGAAGACUCACUCGAAGACUGAUCUGAAGACUGAUCCGCAGCCAUACGUUCCCUUUAAUAGGAGUCAAAGCGUACCAAAUGCUAAAGUCUUUGGCACUUUAGGAUCGUUUGCCAACGGUUUCGACACUACUGUUGGACAAAAGGCCACCCAUUCGUCGGGAUCUGUGGCCACCAUUGGAUCGCACGUCACAGCGAAUACGCGUCUUCUUAUGGGAUCUCCGCCACGAGUUUCGGGUAUAUUUCGGAAGAAUUCACCGAAGAAUAGCCACAAAUCGGUCGCCCAUUCAUCGAACAGUUCGGCGGUGACUGAAGUGACCGAAGCGCCGGCCAAACGACCGCUAUUUAUGAGCGGAUUUGAGAAGAAAGUGGUCGAAGCCGUGAGGAAGGGAUCUAUGGAUGUGUCGAACGCUCGAAACGCGUUAAGACAACAGAAGAAUACGUAUAAGAAUCCGAUGAAGAGCUCCGAAAGUGACGACAAUGAGAGAGAAAUUGAUCCCAAUCUGCGAAACAUCGAUCCCUUACUAAUCGAAGUGAUUGAGAACGAGAUUAUCAGCGAAUUAGAGCCCAUGGACUGGUCGGACGUCGCGGGCCUCGAGUUCGCGAAGAAUAAGAUCAAAGAGAUCGCAGUUUUGCCACUCCUUCGACCGGAUCUGUUUCGUGGCAUUCGAAAGCCGCCCAAAGGUAUUCUGCUGUUCGGACCGCCGGGCACUGGGAAGACAUUUUUGGGCCGUUGUAUCGCAGCGCAGACCAAAUCGACGUUUUUCUCGAUAACAGUGUCGGCGCUGAACAGCAAAUGGAUAGGAGAGGGAGAGAAGACCAUUCGGGCCAUGUUUGCCGUCGCGCGCGCCCGACAGCCGUCAGUGAUAUUCAUCGACGAAAUCGAUUCACUGCUGAAGAACCGGUCGGACAGCGAACACGAGUCCUCCCGAAGAAUGAAAACUGAAUUCUUAGCCCAAUUCGAAGGCAUCGGCACUCAAUCCGAUGAGAAGUUGUUGAUAAUCGGCGCCACUAAUCGACCGCAAGAGUUGGACGACGCGGCCCGACGUCGGCUGUCGGCCAGACUCUACAUAGGACUGCCCGAAGCGAGUGCUCGCAAACAGAUCAUUGAGAAGUGCUUGAAUGGUGUGAAUCACUCGUUGACCGAUUCGCAGAUCCAGUCGUUGGCGGACCAGACCGAUGGCUACUCGUGCGCUGAUAUGAAAGACUUGUGCCGCGAGUCGGCACUGGAACCGAUGCGCGACUCAAUGAUUAUGGAUAAUAUCGACGAUAUCACCGCUCAAGAGAUCCGCGACAUUACGUACGAAGACUUUGUGAAGAACUUGUCUUAUGUGAAGCCGACGGUCAGGAAAGAGGAUCUCGUGAUGUUUGAGAAGUGGAACCACGAGUUCGGCACAAAUUUUCGCCAAAACUGA